AUGAACUAUAACGGUGCUCCAGGUUUGGAGUUUGGUGGAGGAAAUAUCAAGAUUGAUCCAAGCGUCGCCGCAGAACUACCAGAAGGCUGUCGAGUGGUAUCUACUGAAAGCCAUGGCGUCAGUUUCUGGGCUUAUACUGGCCGUAUUGACGUCGAUCUGGCCGACGGGACACCACAAUCAUUUUUUAUUAAGGUCAUAUCGAAAGAGCGUGGCAAGAACAUGAUGCAUGGGGAGUUCGAGUCGAUGUCCGCAACCCACGCACUCUUGCCUGACUUCACGCCGAAGCCGAUAGCCUGGGGAACGUACGAAACCGUACCGGACACGCACUUCUUCUUGUGCGAAUUCCGAGAGAUGAUCGACGAAAUGCCAGACCCGCACAGAUUCACCGCCCGGCUGGCAGCGCUCCACCAGAACAGCAAGUCCCCGCAAGACAAAUUCGGCUUCCAUGUGACAACAUAUACCGGCAAUUUGCCCCAGGACAAUGAGUGGGAAGCAAGCUGGGAGACUUACUUUGCGAAGAGCAUGAGGCGGGCUCUCAAUCUCGAACUCGAAGCCAAGGGACCGGAUACCGAAUUUGAUACGCUAGUUCCAGCGCUCUUCGAUAAGGUCAUACCGCGUCUUCUGCGCCCACUUGAGAGCGACGGCCGGUCUUUGAAACCCUCGCUCGUGCACGGCGAUCUUUGGUACGCGAAUUCGGGGAUCGACGUGGGGACGGGGGAAUCUCUCAUCUUUGAUGCAUGCAGUUUCUACGCUCAUAACGAAUCUCACAUGCAGCCGCUUGAUGAAGAUGAGUUUGGCCAGUGGCGGCCCGUUUGCAAUAGGUUCGGCGCCGAAUACCUGGCAGCAUACCAUUCUUACAAUCAAAUAUCUCCGCCUGAAGAGGACUAUGACGGACGUUUGGAUCUCUACAAGCUGUGA